AUGAUCUUCUACGAUAUGAUGUCACCCACCACACACCAUGCCUCGCACUCGCACUCGCACUCGGACUCGGACUCGCCUUCUCUGCCACUCAUCCGGACCGAUUUUACUCAGAUACUGAGAGAUGAUACUGAAACGCUUACCCGAACACAGGCCUUCAUCGUCACGAGCAUCAUCCUGAUCGAGAGCGUGGGGGACCACAGAUACAGCAGCCAGGCAAUGCUGGUGUGCGGCACCCUCACCGGCUACGUGAUCAUCUGUGCCACACUGGGCAUUGGUCAUCUGGUGGGAGCGAACAUUGACAAGCGCAUCGAUGUCCUGUUCUCGGUGGCCGGCGCGAUACUCUUUAUAGCCAGUGGGGCCGUCGUGCUCGAUCGCUGGCUGGACGCCUAUGAAACGGAGAGCGACAAGAACAGUGUCCUGGCAGCGGCAAUAUUCUGUCUGGCCAAUGGUGCCAUCUUUGUGGGGGAUACCUUUGUAGUCCUGAAUGCCUGAACAAAUAAAAUCUAGUCCCAAUGCAAUGCCAGUGAAUUGUUUUAAUGGAAUGCGGCAGCGGCAGCGGCAGUGGCAGCGUCAGCGGAGGCAACCCAACCCCCCAGGCCCCGCCCAACUGAUCUUCGAGACUAAUUUUUUGCACCGUUUUCUAGCCAUCUAACAAACUUUUCUGUUCUUUUGU